CCCAAAAUCGCAGAUCACAUGACCCUCAAAAAAGACCGCCGUGCCCAAAUGCCCCCUCACCUCGCCAACCGUCUUUUUCUUCCCCCCUUUUCAAUUCAUCACAGAGUUGACAGACAGCAACCAUGCCUCAGAGGAACUGUUCCAAGACCUACAAGGUCCCCAAGAGGCCCUUCGAGUCCGAGCGUCUCGACCAGGAGCUCAAGCUUGCUGGAGAGUAUGGACUCAGGUGCAAGCGUGAAAUCUGGCGUGUCGGUUACUCCCUCUCGCACAUCCGUCGUGCCGCUCGUGAGCUCCUGACUCUCGAGGAGAAGGACCCCCGCCGUCUUUUCGAGGGUAACGCUUUGAUUCGUCGUCUUAUCCGCACCGGUAUCCUCGACGAGUCCAAGGCCAAGCUCGAUUACGUUCUCGGUCUCAAGAUUGAGGAUUUCCUCGAGCGUCGUCUCCAGACCCAGGUCUUCAAGCUUGGUCUCGCCAAGUCGAUCCACCACGCUCGUGUCCUCAUUCGUCAGAGGCACAUUCGCGUCGGCAAGCAGAUCGUGAACAUCCCCAGUUUCAUCGUCCGCUUGGACAGCCAAAAGCACAUCGACUUUGCCCUCACCUCUCCCUACGGAGGAGGCCGUGCUGGUCGUGUGAAGCGUAAGCGUGCUGCCGCCGCCGCCUCCAAGGGCGAGGAGGCCGAGGAGGAGGAAUAGAUCAUUGACUGAUCACGCAGGCCCGGGAGUCAUGACCAUGACCAUGUCCUAGACACAGAACGCUCCUUGCUCCAGUGCCCCUUUCCUCUCUGCUUGUUUUGUCAGUCUACUACUCUGUCCAUUUACUUGCACAUAAAAGAUUGUCAUACUCCUGCAU